AUGCCCACCGAUGUAUUCGCCCAGCGAGUCAUCAGCAAGAUCGUCAGCCCUGAUCCCCCAAACUAUAUGUUUUUCGGUUCCAAAGUCUACCAUGCUCAGUGUGAUAAGCUAGCUGCCGAUGUCGCGGGUUCUUUCGAUCGUACUGACGUAUCGCGUCUUCAGGGCGCCUUGCUACCAGUCAUGGCACUACCGUUCAUCCUGAACAUACUUCCGUCCCCGACUUCAAGCAACGUGUUCUACACCGGCGCCAUCGAGAAGUUCGACGAGAAUGUAUUCGAGAGCGCGGGCUUCCCUCCUUGGGGCGCGGGAGGGUCCACCAUCAAAGUUUCCGUCGACAAAUCCGACUCUACCGGCAUGUUUAUGGCAUACUACUUCGGCCUGUCUGUCCUAUCCUCAGAAAUCCAGGACGGGCAGAUGAUUAUUCCGGAGGGACUUCAAGAUGUGGUAUUCGCCAGAGUGGUGUCUGAGAAGCCCACAGAGGGCAAGCCGCCUAGCGACGAGACGAUCAGGAGCGGGUUAGUGGUUAUUGAUUUUGGGCUGCCUGCUGACGCGAAGUAUGAGUCGCCCAUGGAGAUCCUUGCCUAG